AUGUCGGGCAGUGUAUUGAAUAGCAAUACACAGAAUACCUCUGCACAAGCUAAUGCACAGAAUAGCAUAAUGUCGAAAUUAAAUAGUGUUUUGAGCUUGCCAACCCAGGAAAAUAUAUUUUCAAUCUUUGACAUUGAUGGGUAUAUCCGAUUAAAUAUGCUCUACAUUAAUCCUGUCUCCCUCAAGCAUCUCAAAGCCAAGCUUGACGAACUAGGAAUGGCUAGCUGGAUGCUGGCAGAGAACGAGCUAAUAUUUAGACUUGAGCAAGGUAUCGUUAGCUUCCGAGGAAUACUUACGAUCACAUUUAAGGAAUCCAAGAUUUUCAGCCUUGAGCUUGAUUUCGAUCCUGUGAUUAGCAGUCCCAGAUGCGGAGAAUUUCUGAGGGAGAUUGAAGUAUUUCUGAAGCAAUGCGAUGCCUGUUUUUUCAUGGCGUAUUUUACAUCUGUGGAUUCGGAAAUACUAGGUCAUCCGCUUUCUGAGUCUAUAGGAUUCCUGGCCUCCCGGAAAUAA